AAAGAUCAUAUCAACCGUGACGCUUUGUUCUUCUAUUCGAGAACCUCACUCAAUCCAGUGAAGCUAACAACAGCAAUGUCGCACAUCUUGCACCAGAGACCCCUCCACAACACACUCUUCUCAAGCCCCUACCCGACCUCUCCGCGCUCCUCCUCACCUUCUCAAAGACCGAUCUCAAUCUUGAGCCGGACAGGCCUCGUCGUGUUGUUGUCUCUCAUGGUGGCGCUCGGUGUUCUCCUGCCAUGGAUGGGGAUGCCCCAGGGAAUUUUCUCCGUUACCAGACCUUCUAUGACGAAAUGGCGCGCCUACACUCUGCCCCAAGCGGCGUCAUUUGUCGCCAAGAACGGGACCGUCAUCGUCUGUGCUGUGAGUGAGCCGUAUUUGCCCUUCUUGAACAAUUGGUUGAUCAGUAUUUCCAGGCAAAAACACCAAGACAAGGUGCUUGUUAUUGCUGAGGAUUAUGCGACUUUGUAUAAGGUCAAUCAGAGGUGGCCUGGCCAUGCUGUGCUUGUGCCGCCCGCUCCCGAUUCCCAGACAGCGCAUAAGUUUGGCUCUCAGGGAUUCUUCAAUUUUACAUCCCGAAGACCUCGCCACCUCCUGCACAUUUUGGAGCUUGGGUAUAAUGUUAUGUACAAUGAUGUCGAUAUGGUUUGGUUGCAAGAUCCUUUUCCCUAUUUGCAGGGAAAACAUGAUGUAUACUUUACAGAUGACAUGGCAGCAGUAAAACCUCUGAACCACUCCCAUGAAUUGCCACCCCCAGGAAAAAAAGGACGAACUUAUAUAUGUAGCUGUAUGAUUUUCCUUCGCCCUACUGAUGGAGCAAAACUAAUUUUGAAGAAAUGGAUUGAUGAGAUGCAAGCUCAGCCAUGGUCUAGAGCAAAAAAAGCAAAUGACCAGCCCGCUUUUAACUGGGCCUUGAUGAAAACUGCUGGACAGGUAGAUCUUUACCUGCUUCCCCAAGCUGCUUUCCCGACGGGAGGAUUGUACUUCAAAAAUAAGACUUGGGUUCAGGAAACCCAGGGAAUGCAUGUAAUCAUCCAUAAUAAUUAUAUCACUGGUUUUGAGAAGAAGAUAAAGCGCUUCCAAGAGUUUGGCCUCUGGUUGGUGGAUAAGCAUGCACAAGAAGAGUCCCCACUUGGCAGAUUAUAGUCAGUAGACCAAAUAACUCCUCCAUGAUGCUCGGACCAGGUAUAACUUGCUAAAUGGUUAGUCUUUCUUCCCAUUAUAGCUGUGUUAUGAAAUUUCAAGGAAGGAUGUGACAACCAGCAUGCGGAUCCCCUCCUACAUUUCAAUCUGAUCCAGAGUAAUUUAUAUACUGUAUGCGAAAGAAAUCAUUUCGAAUCCUGUACAAAUUCAAUCAUUUUGAUCAUGAUUCUUAUUCACGUUAGUAUAAAAGCCUUUUCCUUAACUGUUCCAAAUA